AUGGCUACGUCACUGAAAACGCGGAAAGGGGUUUUAAGCAGGCAUUCUAACUCCCUAUCGCAAGCAUUGGCGAGACAUGCGACUUUAGGGGAAAGCGUAGGUCUCGAGGAUCAGGAAGCAUAUAGAACUAUACUGAAUGAAAUCCAAAAGGCUGAAAUGGGGAUUAAAUCACUCCAAGACAUAUUUGAUAGAGCGCUUUUUGCGUUUACCAAAACAGUGGACAACCUAAAGGAACCUCUCACUGAAGAGGAAGAGGCGAAAGUUUCGGAGUAUAUAAGUGGUGCUCAGGAACUCAUCUCUCAAUCCACAUCCCUGCUCAUCAAACUGGAGAUUAACAAGGAGCAGUUGACAUUUAAUACCCGUACGCAAGCGGGACUCAUGGGAAACGAGCAUCCAAAUGAAAAUACAGUAGCACGCAUAGAGCUACCAAAGUUACCGAUACCGGAAUUCAGCGGGAAGUUCUGGCAGUGGGACAGCUUUUGGGAGCUGUUCAACGCAACGGUUCAUUCUCUUCCACUUUCGGAUUUGCAAAAAUUCAACUAUCUUCUCAGAGCACUUAAAGGGGAAGCCCGCGAGUCCAUUGCUCGUUUCCAGGUCACCUCUGCUAACUACAAUCUAGCAAUAGCUCAUCUGAAGAAAAGAUACGGUAAUGCUCAAAACAUAGUCACGGGCUUACAUCGGCAGCUCGAGUACUGGAGCACUAGGAGUACGCAGCUGAGGGACCAGCGCGUAAGAAAAACACGAGGAACUCCGUGUCCAACUCAAGAGCAUGAGCGAGAGCAUCGAAGGUAUUAA